UAGUUAUCUGUGAUUUAUGUUUUAUUGAUUUUUCCCCAGUUAAGCACUUCCAUGUUUCUUCGCAUUGCUUAACUAGUGGAUAUUUCAAAGCUAAUGAACAACGGGCUGCGGCUUUCGUGAGCCUCGCGUAAGUUAUUUUUCUUUUACCGACUACCGAUUUCAAGAUGAAUAAAGAUAAAAAAGAACCUGAAUAUCCUGCUGAGUUGGAGUCCCAGUUUAUACUCCGCUUACCAGAAGAGCCAGCUAAAGCUCUAAGAGAACUGUUAAGAUCUGGCGAUAGCCUAAAAAACCGAUUAUCAAUUCAAAUAGAGAAUGAUAUGAGGAAUGGCGAAGUAAGAUUCGAUCACUGGCUUAUGCAUGGAAAGAUUAUCGAUUUACCCACCAUCAUAGAAUCUCUAAAGACAAUUGACAACAAAAGUUUUUAUAAGACCGCCGACAUCUGCCAGAUGAUGAUUUGUAAAGAAGAUCCAGAUCAAACAGCAUCGGAAGAAGAUGCACCUUCAAAGAACAAGAAAAAGGAUCCGUUUAAGGUUGAGAAAAAGUUUCUGUGGCCGCACGGCCUUACUCCACCUACUAAGAAUGUUAGAAAACGCAGAUUCAGGAAAACAUUGAAGAAGAAGUAUGUUGAGGCCCCUGAAAUUGAAAAAGAGGUGAAGAGGCUGUUGCGUGCAGACAACGAAGCUUGUCAACUGUCAUGGGAAGUAGUCCAGGAAGAUGAUGAAACUCUCCUUAAGUCAGAUCUGAUCCCACCGCCUCCAACUAAACCAGUUAAACCAGCUAAACCAACUAAACCCAUUAAACCACCUAAACCAAUUAAACCUGAGAAGAAGCCAAAAGCUCAACGUAAGACCAAGAAAAAAGAACCAAAGCCUGAUACGUCAAAGAAUGACUCUUCAUCAAAUGUUGUUGAUAUAUUUGGUGGGGCAGUGAGUGACAGUGAUUUUGAAGAAGAGCGUAUAAAUGCACAGAUGGAGAAAUGCAGCAUGUCGCCUUUUAACAGUCGAAAAACCAAUACAAGCAAGACUGCUGUUGCUGAAGCUCCAAAACCUUUAGAGUUUGAACCACCUGUGGCCAAAACUCCAGCUGCAAAAGGCAAGAAGAAAUCUUCAAAACGGCGAUCUUCAGCUGUUACCUCAACUGUGACAUCAGUUGUGGAUUCCCCCGUGACUGCAACAGCAACUUCUACAGUGACUUCAACAGUGACUUCAGCUACUCAAAGUGGAGGAUUUUCUUCAGAGGGUGAUCCCAACUAUCAGUCUCAGGCUCAAGAUACGUCUCAUGACAUGUCACUUGAUAUGUCUAAUGACUUAUCUCAAGAUAAUAUGACAUUUAGAAUUGAGCAAUUACGGGUCGAGUUGGAGGAGCUCAAACAGCGUCGUCAGAGAACAAGGCAUGAAAUUGCUGGGAUGGAGAAUGUGGCUUUACGUCAACGGUUCCAAGAGAUCUUGCACACACUGAACCAAGAUGUGAUGUACAAAGAGAUGGAAUACCAGGGCCUUAUAACAUUGCAGAAUUCAGAGGACAUUUGAGGAACGUAUUUCAUGAAAUAGAGGAGUUUUAUUACUAUAUCCUCUAUUUACAUGAAAAAAAUGAGUGAAGUUUUUUAAGUGGACCUAAUUCUAAUGUUUUAACAAAAGAAGUUUUUAAAGUUGUGUUAAUAAUUUUAUAUUGAUUUAGUUAUUGUUUUUUUAUUUUUUUAGAUCAUGUUAAAG